AGCAUCUCAUCUGGCUUCCGCCACUUUGCUACCCAUCGCAAAUGGGCUUCAACGGAAAUUCCUUUUCUUCUCAUAAUAGUCCUUCCCUGUCGAUGCUUUCGAACGCAUCUCCUCCAUCAAACUUGGAGUGGACAACGCUCAAUACUUGGUCGUUUCCUUUGUCCUCUCAGAAUCUCGAACAAUCGUCUUCUGAACCUUCGGCACUUACACCCAAUAACCCCAGCCUGUCGACAGGCCUCCCAAUCUCGAAUGAUGAUAUAAAGUCUUCCAUGACAUAUCCGUCAACCAUCUCUGCAGUGCAGAACUCACCUCAUCAGCAACGCGUUACAUCUUUCCUUCAUCAAUCUCAUGCUCCGCCCGCAAUUUCUCGCGCCCAUUCUGGAAAGGGCUCCAAUUCUUUUAUGUUGUUUCGAUCCGACUUCAUCAAAACCGGCCGUGUUCCCAAGGCUGUGGAAUGUCGCCAGCAGAACAUCAGCAAGAUUGCAGGCGAAUGCUGGAGGCUGAUGUCCGAUGAGGAGAAACAAAAGUGGCGCCAGAAGGCGGCAGAUGCGGCUCUUGAACAUAGUUCGAAGCACCCAAGUCACAAGUCCGAGCGGUCGUCUAGGAGUAAAUGCAGGCAGAGAACACAGGUUCGUGAGGAUCCCCAGGAGGCGCAAGUGAAGGAUCGCAUCCGGGAGAUACGCGAGAAGUAUUGCGGUGCACUUGGACCCGCACCCCCUCCUUUUCGAAGACGGAGGGCGAAGUCUAGUGGAAGGUUCUCCCAGGAUCGUUCAGCGUGGGGGACGACGAGCUUGCCUGCGUCUCGUGCAGUAACUCCGUCGACUGUGACGUGCUCUCCCUUCGACUCUCCUCUUCUUCCUCCAUCAGAGUUGGAGAGGAUGUCUCGACCGGAGAGCCGUACGAGCUCCGCAAUUUCUCAAGCAUCUCAUCGAAGCACGCCUGCUAACGACUCCCCAUCUCCCUUUGUGCGCGAUCUCUAUCUGCAUCGCCGUUGGCACCCGGUUGAUGCUGAUGCUGUUGAGGACAAGACAACCGUACUCGCAUUUGGACAUGUCACAACCCCCGUCAGGAUGGAACAAAUUUCUCCCAUGAUCCCCUUUGCAGGAGAUGAUAUCAGCCUCAUUCCCAGAGUUGAAGAUUCUGCUCCGAUGCUUGUAUCCGGGACGGAUGUCAUGAUGCCUAAGGACAGCGGUAGCCAAGGCUCUCCCGACCAAGCCUGGUUGGCGCAAUUCGAUGUUUUCGACACAUCCAUUCUGGAUCAGUCUGAAAGUCUACCACAGAUCACUCUUUCUGAAUACGCGGAGGGUCCAUCGAAUCCGCAAAUUCCGUACAUGAACUCUUUCCUCUCGGAUCCAUUAUUCCUGCCUUCGUUCUUUGAGCAGACUUACAGCACUUCGACUCGCACCCCCUCCGAGUUGGAGGGUGCAUUGCACGAGCAUCACCCUGCUUCUGGCUCAAAGACCCGGCCGCACCACAAUGCGUCGACAUCGUACUCGUCAAGCAGGAGCGCUCAGGCCAGCCGCCUGCAUUGACGCGAAGUAUCUCUCGUUUACAUUACUAUUUGUCUAAUUUUGAAGUUGUAUUUUUAGCCACUGAUGAAGCCCUCUGUAGCAAAUUCUCUCACCUAUCCGCCCUAUCGGGUCGCCGUCACUGUCUUUACUUCACGAUCCAGCUGUUUUCGAUAUAUCACGAUUAUUGUGUUACCGUGUAUUACUAGUACCUGACCUUCCGCUUAUAUUCCUCGAGAAAUUAUUGGUUAUUGUUUUAUAUUUACUUACGGAUUCUGAUCGAGUAGACUGUACACCAUGUCCAGCGUCUCUCAGAAAUCCUACUCACACGCGAUUAUCUCGCGCUGAGACAUU